AUGAAAUCAAAUGUAUUCAUUUUAAUUUUUAUAUUAUUUUCAAUAAUAAAUUUAUCAUUCGCAAAUGAACAAACUAAAAAACCACAACAACCACAACAACAACAACAAACCACAUCACCUGUAAAUAAAUUAGAAGCAAAACUUUUUGCACCAAAUGGUAUAUCAUUCAUUUAA